AUGAUUGGUAUCGUUGGGAGAGGUAAGAGAGUCUUCAGCAAGCGUCAAUGGGAUAAGAAAGAGGUUCGGGCAUCAUCUCAAGAUGGCUCACGCAAGUUUAUCACAGUCCUAGCUUGCUGCUGCGCUGAUGGGAGCUCGUUGCCGCCAGGGCUCAUCUACGCAUCGGCUGCUGGAGCUAUCAGAUCCAGCUGGGUGGACGAUAUCAAAGCUGGAACACAUGAGGUCUUUAUCACAUCAACUCCAUCAGGCUGGUCAAAUGAUGACGUAGGGCUCUCUUGGGUUGAGCAGGUGUUUGAUCGCUAUACGAAGCAGCGAUCAGGUAGAUGGAGAUUACUUAUCCUUGAUGGCCACGGAUCUCAUCUCACGAUGAAUUUUAUUAGCUAUUGCGAUCGCUAUCGAAUCCUAUUAAUGAUCCUUCCACCUCAUUCAACUCAAACGCUCCAACCGCUCGAUGUAUCGCUCUUCCAUCCGCUCGCCCAAGCUUACUCAGCUGAGCUCACCCAGCACCUCUAUAGAGCUCAAGGACUCGUAUCUAUCGCCAAGGGAGACUUUUUUCCAAUAUUCUGGAGAGCUUGGCAAGCAGCGUUUAAGCAAUCAACUAUAGAAACCGCGUUUGCAGCUACUGGUAUAUGGCCAGCUGAUCCGAGUAGAAUCCUCCAGAGA